AUGUAUUUCACGUCAACAAACUCGUCGACCCCGAAGUGCGAGCCCUCCCGUCCCAGUCCUAGCGGAGAGAUACUGUCCACUCCGUGGCCGCAGAAGAUGAUUAUGUAUACGAAAGAGGCCAUCGGAGUGGUAGCCAUCAUAACGCCCUGGAAUUUCCCGAACGCUAUGAUCACUCGGAAGUUGGGCGCAGUAUUGGCCGCCGGCUGUACGGCAGUCAUACGCCCGUCAGAGGACACCCCGUACUCGGCGCUGGCGAUCGCCAAACUCGCCGAUGAGGCCGGCAUUCCCAGGGGUGUCGUGAAUGUGAUCCCAUCGACAAAGGCGCCGGUGAUCGGCAAAGUCCUGUGCGAGUCGCCCGACAUCAGCGCCAUAUCGUUCACGGGCUCGACGGGCGUCGGGAAGAUUCUGUUGGCACAGUCGGCGUCGACCGUCAAACGCAUGUGUCUCGAGCUCGGGGGUAACGCCCCCUUCAUUGUGUUUAAAUCGGCCGAUUUGGACAAAGCUGUCGAGGGGUGUAUUGCCUCGAAGUUCAGGAACGCGGGACAGACCUGCGUUUGUGCUAAUCGUAUAUACGUUGAGACCCACGUUUACGACACAUUUGUGGCCAAAUUGGCCGACAAAAUGGCCAAAGAGUUGGUCGUCGGCGACGGCAUCGACAGCCAGACAACUGUCGGUCCACUCAUUAACGCGAAAGGCGUCGAGAAAGUGAAACAACACGUGGAGGACGCCGUGCGAAAGGGCGCCAAAGUAUACACCGGUGGACACCAUCUUAAGGGCAACUUCUUUGAGCCGACAAUCGUUACGAAUGUUAACAACGAUAUGCUGUUCAGUCAGGAGGAGACGUUCGGACCGUUAGCUCCGAUCUAUCGGUUCUCCAGUGAGGAGGAGGUGCUGGCGCUGGCAAAUGGGACGCGGGUAGGACUGGCCGCCUAUUUCUAUAGCAAUGACUUGGCGCAGGUAUGGCGCGUCGCCCGCCAAUUGAAAGUCGGAAUGAUUGGCGUGAAUGAGGGACUCAUAUCGACGUGUGAGGCGCCCUUCGGAGGGGUCAAGGAGUCGGGACUGGGACGGGAGGGCUCGCACUUCGGGGUCGACGAGUUUGUUGACGUGAAAUACAUUUGUUUGGGCGGACUAUGAGUCGCCUCCCAAACCGAUUAUACACUUGUUAUCAAAACUAUAUGUAAUG